AUGCAGACCUCCAUCUUCUCCCUCCUCGCUGUCGCUGGCCUUGUUGCCGCCAUGCCCCACCCCGAUGGCACCCAGCCAACUCCCACCGCUCCCACCGGCACCACCGCCAGCUCGGCGCCCGAGGUGACCUGCAGCCCAGGCCCCGUGGUCGACUACACCGUUGCCUCCGGCGACACCCUGACCAUCAUCUCCCAGAAGCUGAACUCCGGCAUCUGCAACAUCGCCAAGGAGAACAACCUCGCCAACCCCAGCUUCAUCCUCCUCGACCAGGUCCUCAAGGUCCCUACCUUCCCUUGCACCCCGGACAACAUCUCGUGCAUGGCCGAGCCAUCCGACGACAACGACUGCGUCCCUAGCGGCGAGCCUACCUACACCAUGGUUGCUGGGGACACUUUCUUCCUUGUUGCCUCGGGCUUGGGCUUGACUGUGGAUGCCCUGCAGGCUGCCAACCCCGGUCUCGACCCUCUGCUGAUCCCGAUUGGCCAGGUCAUCAACGUUCCUAUUUGCAACUCGGAGCUGUAA